CUCUAUUCUCUGAUAACAGGUGACAUUGACAUUAGUGACAGAAAAGCAAAGUAUUUCUUUCGUCUGCGGUCUUACCAUUAUUAUACCUACUCAUUUUAAUUGCAAGCGAUUUUCUUCAAUUGAACAUAUGGCAAAAGUAUUCAAGCCAUUAUUAUACACACUGUAACUACUUGUAUAACACCACACUCAAAAGGUCACAGAUAGAUAAAUAAAAAAUGGCUCAAGUUUCAGCAACUGGUUCAUCGGUUGGUGGAGCAGGAGGAGACAGUGAGGGAGAGGAGCAGGAAGACCCCUCAUCGUCUUCACCAGAUGAAGUACUAGAAGUUGGUGAUUCACUCAAGAAAUUAAAUGUUCAAGAUGAGACACAGAAUGCCAAUGACGAGCUGGCGGCCUUCCGCCAGCAGUGGCAGCGAGAAUUGGAGGCCAAUGCUACCCCGAAAAGGACGACGCCUCCGAAGCAGAAGCAAUUUACUGAACCUAUCUCUGAUGAAGAAAAGGCAAAACAGUUGUUCCUGAGCGGCAUAGAGAUGGAGCGCCGUGGCAGGCUGUACGAAGCCAUCCAGCAUUACAAGUACUCUCUGCAGAUACUGCCCGAUGUUGAGAAGCGCUUGCAUAAUGAAUUACAGGCCGAAAUACCUGAAGAGGAGGUGAUAGAGACAGAAGAUAGAGUACCAAAGGUGGUCUAUGCUGAAGACGAUGAAGAGGAAAUCGAAGGAGAAGACCGCAGCUUAGCGAGCAAGUUUAGGAGGAUCCUCGAAUCGAAGGGGGCUCUGUGCGAACCUGAGAUCGAGACUAGGGACGCCCACAUUUCCUGGCUGCCGUACGAAGUGGUUAUAGAGAUACUUCGCUGGGUGGUCAGCUCUGAGCUGGAUGUCUUCUCACUGGACCAGGUAUCCAAUGUCUGCCGUGGACUGUACGUUGCCGCCAGAGAACCAGCCAUUUGGCGCUCGCUUUGUGUCAAUACAUGGGGCGUCGAGUGCGACACCAUGGCACCGCACCCCUACAUUUCGUGGCGUCAGAUGUACAUGGCGCGGCCCCGGGUGCACUUGCAUGGGGUCUACAUUAGCAAGACGACGUACGUGCGACAUGGAGACAAGUGCUACCAGAACGAGUUCUAUCAGUCCUGGUUCCUCAUUGACUACUAUCGGUACAUCAGGUUUUUCGCGGAUGGUACGGUGCUGAUGUGGACGACUCCAGACGAGCCUCAGUCCUGCGUGAGUCACCUCAAGAACCGUCAGUUCAAACACGGCCUCGGUAUCAUGCCGGGCCACUACCGGGUCGUUGGAGAAAAGGUUGUGAUAGUGGUUAAGAGGGUGAACCAGGAGAAGAAGCCUGUGGCUGCGUCCAACACGCGCUUCCGUUCCCGACACAAGGAGAUUGAGCAGCAACAGGAACAAACCUUCCACGUGGAGUUGGAGUUGUCGGGUUCCCGCUCGGCGCGCAACUCGCGCAUGGAGUGGCGGCACUACGCGGCGUGCACGCGGCGCGACCAGUGGACGCAGUUCGAGCUGACGCCGGGCAAGUUCCCGCCCUUCCGCUUCAGUCGCGUGCGCAGCUAUAUGGCCGAGGCAGAAGCGCCGCUGCCCACUUGCUACAAUAAUUAAAUACGGACCCUGCGGGGUUGUCACACUGCGGAAAUUCUGGAUUCUGGUCUUUAGUAAGUCAUGCGCAAAUAUUCCUUAUCUACCUUUCUAUUCAAUAGUUAUUUUGUGUGAUCUGAUCUUGUAUUGCUUGAUUGCACAACAAAAGCCAUUAUUUGAGGUCAGAAGUAUGCAAAGCAUGUUAGAAUUAAUUGA